CCGGCAAGCCCCGGCCCCAGUUCCAAGCUGGAGCCACCGACGCGAAGGGGGACGGGUUCCUCUUAAAAGAGAAACGGAGGCGGCGCGCGCUAGGUGGGCCCCUGUCCUCCCGCCGCUCUCCGGGCCUGCGCGCGACGCUGGGGAGGCGCAGGCGCAGUCGGGAUGAGGGCGGGUGGGGGCGCUCAGGUAAGGCCGGGGUGGGAGUGGGCCGCGGCGGGAGCUCUGGGCGGCCUGGGAGCUGCCUUAGGAAUUGGCCCAUCCGACGCAGUGCCCUGGUACUCAUGGCUGCCUCCCCUGCGGACGCAUCCCUCAGGCGGCGAGAGAAGCGGCGGCAGCUGGACGCGCGCCGCAGCAAGUGCCGCAUCCGCCUGGGCGGCCACAUGGAACAGUGGUGCCUCCUCAAGGAGCAGCUGGGCUUCUCCCUGCACUCGCAGCUGGCCAAGUUCCUGUUGGACCGGUACACUUCUUCAGGCUGCGUGCUUUGUGCAGGUCCUGAGCCUGUGGCCCCCAAGGGUCUGCAGUAUCUGGUGCUCCUGUCUCAUGCUCACAGUCGAGAGUGCAGCCUGGUGCCUGGGCUGCGGGGACCUGGGGGCCGAGAUGGGGGGCUUGUGUGGGAGUGCUCAGCCGGCCACACCUUCUCCUGGGGCCCCUCUUCAGGCCCCACAUCUCCAGAGGAGCCCAAUCCGGUCCCCCUUGCAAGUACUGGCCAGAGAAGCUGGUGCCCAGAAGCCAGGAGUGGGCCAGAGCCCGCAGGUUUGGAAUCUAAGCAUGAUGAGAGGACUGAGGAGGCCAGGUUGCCCAGAGAGGUGGGACCCCCGCCAGAGGCCUUCCCAUCCCUAGGAGAAGAAGACGGGGAAGAGGAAGAUGAGGAUGAAGAGGAGAUGCUCAGUGAUGCCAGCCCAUGGACCUACAGCUCCUCCCCAGAUGACAGUGAGCCAGAUGCUCCCAGACCACCCCCUUCCCCUGUCACCCAUGCACUUAAGGAUGGGGAGAUACCCCCGGCCCCUGCAGCUGUCCCAACUCCUCUUGCUUCGCCAUCCUCAUCAGCAUCCUCAUUGGGUUCUGGAGCUCCUCUGCCUGUGGAAGUCAGGAUACAGCCAGAGCUCAGUGGGACCCCUCAAGCAGACCAGCAGACUGAGCCCCUGGCCAGCCCUGGGAGUCAGGCUCAGUCUGCUCUGGCCUCGGCAUGGGAUGAGGACACUGCUCAGAUCGGCCCCAAGAGAAUUAGGAAAGCUGCCAAAAGAGAGCUGCUGCCCUGUGACUUCCCUGGCUGCGGAAGGAUCUUCUCAAACCGGCAGUAUUUGAAUCACCACAAGAAGUACCAGCACAUCCACCAAAAGUCCUUCUCCUGCCCAGAGCCGGCCUGUGGGAAGUCCUUCAACUUUAAGAAACACCUGAAGGAGCAUGUGAAGCUGCACAGUGAUACCCGAGACUACAUUUGUGAGUUCUGCGCCCGGUCUUUCCGCACCAGCAGCAACUUGGUCAUCCACCGGCGCAUCCACACUGGAGAGAAACCCCUGCAGUGUGAGAUCUGCGGGUUCACCUGCCGCCAGAAGGCGUCCCUGAAUUGGCAUCGGCGCAAGCAUGCAGAGACGGUGGCUGCCUUGCGAUUCCCCUGUGAGUUCUGCGGCAAGCGCUUCGAGAAGCCAGACAGUGUCACAGCUCACCGCAGCAAAAGCCACCCCGCCUUGCUCCUGGCCCCACAAGAAUUAGCUGGUCCAUUGGAGUCCUGUUCCAGCAUCUCUGCCCCUGCAUCCCUGGGGACCGACGAGGGAUCCAGGCCCUCUCUGGCUCCUCAGCCUCCCACACUGCUCCCUUAGCAGUGAGCACUCCCCAGAAUUUGGGGAGCCAGGGACUGGAAAGGAGCAAGAAGGGCCAGAUGACUGGUCCCUGGGGACUAGGGUGAUGGGGAGUGCAGGGCAGGGGCAAGACUGUGCUCUAGGGGAGCCAGGCUACUUUAGUCUUCCUAAAGGACAGAAUAAACCCAGUAUUUUACAUGGA